AUGAAAAACAGGAUACAAAGAAUCUGCCAUCCAGAUAUGGUAGAUGCGAACAUAAAGAAAUUACAUGAGAUCUUUUGGCAAAAUUCCUAUCCAAAACAAAUGCUCGACAAACUAAUGUAUGAAACUGACAGAGUCUCCAUAACAGAAUCUCGACGAAAACCUGAACAAAUUGAAAAUAUAGUUCAAGAUGAUCCUGUAAUAAAAUACGGCAGCCUUCCCAACAUAGGAAAUCUAACCAGCAAAAUUAAGAAUUGUUUUAAAGAUGAAAAAGUAAAAAUAAGUACAUACAACACGAAAACUAUCAAGAUGUUAUACAGUAAAUUGAAAGAUACAACACCAAACCCACUGAAAUCUAAUGUAGUGUAUAAAAUUAAAUGUUCCGAAUGUGAUGGCACCUAUGUGGGACAGACAUCUCAAUGGUUAAAGAGUCGAUUAACGUUACAUAAGAUUCCAAUCGGUGCGAAAACUGCGAAGAAAUCCGAGAAAAAGACUGCGACCGCGAAACAGGCCAAACCCAACCAUCCUCCGACUUCAGAGAUGGUUAAUAACGCCAUCAAAGAUUUGAAAGAAAGAAGUGGAUCGUCAUUGCAGGCCAUCAAGAAAUUUAUAGCUUCCAACUAUAAAGUAGAUUCGGAAAAAUUGGCUCCUUUCAUUAAGAAAUACCUCAAAUCAGCUGUGCAAUCUGGAUCUUUAGUUCAGACAAAAGGAAAAGGCGCAUCUGGUUCGUUCAAAUUGGCAGCUGGUGGUUCGACAUCGGGAUCCCAGAAGAAAGUGAUUAAAAAAGCCACCUUCAAGUCCAAAGAUGAUCUUAAAAAAUCCACUUCGGCAUCAGCUGUGGUGACCGACAAGAAGAAAAAGAAGUCUACUGUUGCCAAAAAACAAGCCGCUGUAACGAAAACGAAGAAAGCAGUUGCAACAACCGAGAAGAAGAGCCCCAAAGCCGCCAAGUCCCCUUCUAAAGCUAAGAAG